AUGACAUACCACCUCCACAUCACCAACAAAAACUACUCCUCCUGGUCCCUGCGACCCUGGCUCCUCCUACGUGAACUCGACAUCCCCUUCGUCGAAGAAUACCACGAAAUGGUCUCCGGCACCUUUGCCCAGCCCCAAUGGCGCGCCUUCUCACCCACCGCCCGCGUCCCCUGUCUACACGUGGUCCCAAAGUCACAAAAUACCCAAGAAAACAAAGAAAAAGAAGAACCCCUAAUCCUCUGGGACUCCCUCGCCAUAACCGAAUACCUCUCCGAAACCCACCCGCACAAACCCAUCUACCCCUUCCACGCCCCCGCCCGCGCCUGGGCCCGUUCCGCCGUCGCCGAAAUGCACUCCUCUUUCGGUGCUAUCCGUUCCCAACUCGGCUUCAACCUCAACAUACGCAUCCGCCUCGGUCCCGAGGCCUUCUCCCCUGACUCCGAAGCCGGACGGGCGCUGGUGGCGGAUUUGAAGAGGAUUGAUGAGUUGUGGACAGAGGGGUUGAGGAGGUUUGGGGGACCGUUUUUGGCCGGGGGGGAGUUUGGGGCGGUGGAUGCGUUUUAUGCGCCGGUUGUGUUGCGGUUGGGGACGUAUGUCUUUGGGGAGGGGGUGGAUGGAAUAUUAGGGGAGGAGGCGAAGGGGUAUGUUGAGUUUAUGGUUGGGGGGGAGGUUAAGGGGUUGGUGGAGUGGGUGAAUGCGGCAAGGGGGGAGACGGCGAGGGAGGUGGUGCAUGAGAGGGAGUGUUUGGAGGGGAGGGGGAAGGAGGUGGUGGAGGUUUUGGGGGUGACUGCAUAG